UAACCGGCGCAGCUGGCUGGCUCCGGAAACGAAAGUAGUUUCGUCCCGCGGGCCGCCUCCCGGGCUCUGGCGGCGCCUCGGCGCGCCGCGCUCCCCCGAAUAGACCCUUCUCCCGCCAUUUUCCGCCGGCUCGUGGCAGGCCCCGCGCCCCGUGGGUGAGGCCUGCUGCCGCCGGGCCUGCAGGCGUCGGGCUCGCGCCCCCGGAGAAGGCGGCCGGCAUGGACUGCGGGAACGGGGCUCGCGCCCGGCAACACGUGUUCCUGCUGCCAGAAUAUUUAAAAGAUGCUUCAAAGAAGAUGAAAAGUGGACUUAUAUUUGUAAAAUUGGUGAACCCGUGUUCAGGGGAAGGAACCAUUUACUUGUUCAAUAUGUGUCAACAGCAGCUGUUUGAAAUAAAAGUUUUCAAGGAAAAACACCAUUCUUGGUUUAUAAAUCAAUCAGUCCAGUCAGGAGGUCUUCUCCACUUUGCCACACCCAUGGACCCUCUAUUUCUGCUUCUCCACUACCUCAGAAAGACUGGUAAAGAGGGAAAAUUCCAGCCCCUAAAUCAAGUUGUGGUGGAUGACAUGUUUCCAAAUUGCAUCCUGUUGCUGAAACUUCCUGAUCUUGAGAAGUUACUUCGACAUGUGACAGAGGAGAAAGAAAUAGACAAAAAGAAAUAUUACAAGUACAGCAAAGAGAAGACAAUAAAGUGGCUGGAAAAAAAGGUUCAUCAGACCGUGUCAGCCUUAAAAACCAAUAACAUAAAUGUCAGUGCCCGGGUACAGGCAAAUGCAUUUUUCUCUGGGGACCAGGUUUCCAGUGACAAGGAAGAGGAUUAUAUUCGUUAUGCUCAUGGCCUGAUAUCUGAUUACAUCCCUAAAGAAUUAAGUGAUGACUUAGCGAAAUAUUUAAAGCUUCCAGAAACUUCAGCAUCGUUGCCAAACCCUCCAUCAAAGGUGGCAGCACAAAGACAGAAAAGGGGCAAGUGACAGAGUGACAGCAAGUCCAACGCAAAGCCGGGCUGCUUCUUCUAUAACUUAAGACACUCAAGGGGCUAAGAUUUUUUCUUCUGCACCUUCUAGAAAUUCUGCUUAUGCCAAAAGGUGUGCUUUAAGGAAGUAACCAGUAAAGAUUUACUUCUUUGAUUAACACCACUAGUGCAUGUGGGUAAUGAAUGGCCUUUUGUCCUUGAGGCCACUCUGUCAUGGAACUUGAAUGCACCCCCAGAAUGCCCAGAGUGUGAGAACUCAAGCCAUGUCACCCCUCGGCCCUGGCCUAUCUCCCAUGGUACAGUAUCAUGGUUCUCAUUUCAAAACAGUGGGAGAGGAAGGUACAUGAUGAAAUGGGGGUCGUUUCUGAAACCUGACCCUGUUGGCUUGUGUCCCCUCCUGGGGCUAGAUGAGCGUGGGGUAGGUCUGUGUGCUGACUAUCAAAACUUGAUUCCACAGUAAAAACUUUGACGAGCCAACUUCCUACCCUGACUUAAAAGAAAAAAAAGAAAGCCUGACUUUUCUUUACUCCUUAUCAGUUUGGCAGCUACUAAUUUAAAAUGAUACCUGGACAUGUAUGUUUUAUAAUCUGCUGGAGGUAUAAACACUGAUUCAUUUUU